GUGUGCGUGCGCACACACACACACACCUGUAUAUAAAAGAUUCUCGUGAAGUACGAAGUUCUUCUUCAUUGUCCCUUCCUCACUCAGACAGACACAAGUGUUCCGCAAAAAAAAAAAAAAAAUUUAUCUCCCCCCACCCCACCACAAAAAUAUUUAUUCGGAAGAAAAUAUUUGUUGACUUUACUUGCAGAACCAUGAGGAACGCAGUUGCCAUAACCUUUUGGCAAAUGGUACUUCUUGGACACUUCAUGAUUUUGUCCUUCCCAUUAAACGAUGGCAAAAACAUUGUGAUAGUGACCAAGUCGUGUCCGAAAACCCUUACCGAACAAGGAGACAUAGUUAUUCUCGCUGACCAUACAAGGACCCAUCCCUUCGCGUCGUGUCAGCACCAACAUAGACAUUAUUUUAAUGAAGUAGCGAUCGCUGUUUACCGUUUGCAGUUCCAGUUGAACGGAGACUGGAAACGUCGCUGUACUGCAAUGGUGUGGCAAUGGAACAGUUAUUCCAAAGAUCUCCGGUUUCCACGUGGCCAGUUAUGUAUCCUGGAGUCCAGUAUUUAA